AUGAAGAACCAAAGCUCUGUGACUGCAUUUAUCAUGCAGGGCCUCUCCAUCCACCCACAACUCCAGAUCCUCUUCUUCCUCAUCUUCCUCAUCAUCUAUGUCAUGGCUUUGCUUGGCAACCUGGCCAUCAUUGCCGCAAUCCUAUCCAGCCCCAGACUGCACAAGCCUAUGUACUUCUUUCUCUUCCACUUGGCUGUAGUAGACAUCAUCUGCACCACCACCAUCAUGCCUAAGAUGCUUGAGAAUCUAGCGACCAUCACAAGUACUAUCUCCUUCUCCGGGUGCAUAGCCCAACUCUACUCUUUCACAUGGUGUCUGGGCGCUGAGAUGGUGCUUUUCACGGUCAUGGCUUAUGACCGCUACGUGGCCAUUUGCUACCCUUUGCAUUACAGCACAAUGAUGAACAAAAGAGUGUGCCUGGGUUUGUCUGCUGUGGUGACGAUAAUUGCUGUGACCAAUUCUUGGGUGAACACUGGCUUGAUUGUGCGGCUGACUUUCUGUGGACCCAACAUUAUCAACCAUUUCUUCUGUGAGAUCCCACCACUGCUGGCCCUCUCCUGCUCCUCAGUGAAGAUUAAUGAGAUCAUGGUCUUCACUGCAGACAUCUUCCUAGCCAUGGGGGAUUUCCUAUUGACGUGUCUCUCUUACUGCUUCAUUCUCAAGGCCAUCAUGAAGAUCCGGACACGUGAAGGAAAGAAAAAAGCUUUCUCUACCUGUUCUUCUCACCUCAUUGUGGUGUCUCUCUAUUACUCCACUGUCAUCUACACCUACAUCAGGCCAGCCUCCAGCUAUGCCUUUGACAGGGACAAGAUAGUAGCUGCUUUGUAUACUCUUGUGACUCCAACCCUCAAUCCCUUAGUUUAUACCCUGAGGAAUAAAGAAGUCAAGGUGGCCCUUAAGAAAGUGAUGUCAUAUUUUGGGAGAUAA